CGUGCCUUUUGGACUAAAGCUCUUGUCCUAAGCCCUUCUAUAGUUCAUCUAUACUCUAGAGAACCAGCCAGUGUUGUAAUCAGUAAGCAUGCUAAGUUCCGGGUCCUACCAGAACAGAAAGUGAAAUCAAAAGUAAAUUCCCUUUCAUUCAAAUCUGCAACAGCGUGGAUUAAGGUCAAAUCCGUUUAUUGAAACGUAUCGUUCAGAUCCUGUGUGACGUAACUGGAGUGAGUACAGUGCUACAGAGAAUUAAGAGACUUAGUCUGGAUAUUAAUUUGUCUUCUAGAGAAUAGAUUUAGUAUCCAUUCUUCUGCAAUGGCCAAUCUGUGCAGAAAACUGAUAUUUAAUAUUUACAUGGGAUUUUACUGCUCAGCCAUUAUGGCCAAAAUAUGCAUUUGUUCUCAAUUUUCAACAUCAUCUAUUGAUCCAUUCAAUAAGGACCCUGGGGCUUUCCCCGUAGCCACCAAUGGGGAACCAUUUCCUUGGAACGAGCUAAGGCUCCCCAGGGUUGUCAUUCCUCUCCACUAUGACCUUUUGGUCCAUCCAAAUCUUACCUCCCUGGACUUUGUUGGUUCUGAGAAGAUUGAAGUCUCGGUCAGAGAUGCCACCCAAUUCAUCAUCUUGCACAGCAAAGACCUUGAAAUCAUGAAUGUCAUCCUUCAGUCAGAGGAAGAUUUGAGAUACAGGAAACCAGGAAAAAGGCUGAAUGUUUUGAGUUAUCCUGCUCAUCAACAAAUUGCACUGUUGGUUCCAGAGGCACUAAUGGCUGAUUUGAGAUACUCUGUGGCUAUCGACUUCCAGGCCAACUUAGCCAAUGGUUUUCAAGGGUUUUAUAAAAGCACAUACAGAACUCAUGGUGGUAAAACAAGAAUAAUUGCAGUAACCGAUUUUGAGCCAACUGAAGCCCGGAUGGCUUUCCCUUGCUUUGAUGAACCAUCAUUUAAAGCCAACUUUUCCAUCAAGAUAAGAAGAGAAAGUGGACACGUUGCACUCUCCAACAUGCCAAAGGUGAAGACAAUUGAACUUGAAGAAGGCCUCUUAGAAGAUCACUUUGAAACUACUGUAAAAAUGAGUACAUACCUUGUAGCCUACAUAGUUUGUGAUUUCAACUCUGUGAGUGGCACCACCUCCUCAGGGGUCAAGGUGUCCGUCUAUGCAUCCCCAGAAAAAUGGAGUCAAACCCAUUAUGCUUUGGAAGCAUCAUUAAAGCUACUUGAUUUUUAUGAAAACUACUUUGAUAUCAAUUAUCCACUCCCCAAACUGGAUCUAAUUGCCAUUCCUGACUUUGAGUCUGGAGCCAUGGAAAAUUGGGGCCUCAUCACAUAUAAAGAGACGUCGCUGCUCUUUGAUACUAACACUUCUUCUGCUUCUGAUCAACUAUGGGUCACCAAAGUCAUAGCCCAUGAACUAGCCCACCAGUGGUUUGGCAACCUGGUUACAAUGGAAUGGUGGAAUGAUAUUUGGCUCAAUGAAGGUUUUGCAACAUACAUGGAACUCGUCUCUGUUAAUGCCACAUAUCCAGAACUACAAUCUGAUGAUGCUUUUUCAAACGUGUGUUUUACAGUAAUUAAAAAAGAUUCAUUAAAUUCAUCCCGUCCUAUCUCCAAUCAAGCAGAAACUCCUACGCAGAUAGCAGAAAUGUUUGACUCCGUUUCCUAUAACAAGGGAGCUUGUAUUUUGAAUAUGCUCAAGGAUUUUCUGAAUGAGGAGAAAUUCCACAAAGGAAUUAUUCACUACUUAAAGACGUUCAGUUAUGGAAAUGCUAAAAAUGAUGAUUUGUGGAACAGUCUGUCAAAUAAUUGUCUAGGUGAUUUUACAUCUGGUGAAUUUUGUUAUUCCGAUUCCAAGAUGACAAGCAAUACACUCGCCUUCCGGGAGGAAAGCGCGGAGCUCAAGGAGAUGAUGGCGACCUGGACUCUGCAGAAAGGAAUUCCCCUGGUGGUGAUCACACAAGAAGGGCGUUCCCUCAGGCUGCAGCAGGAGCGCUUCCUGAGCGGGGUUUCCAAAGAGGACCCUGAAUGGAGGGCCCUGCAGGAAAGGUACCUGUGGCAUAUUCCACUGACCUACACCACAAGUUCCUCGAAUGUGAUCCAUAGACACGUUCUAAAAUCAAGGACAGAUACUCUGGAAUUAUCUGAAAAGACCAGCUGGGUGAAAUUCAACGUGGACUCAAACGGCUACUACAUUGUUCACUAUGAGGGUCACGGAUGGGACCAACUUAUCACACAGCUGAAUCAGAACCACACACUUCUCAGACCUAAGGACAGAGUAGGUCUGAUUCAUGAUGCAUUUCAGCUAGUAAGUGCAGGAAGGUUGACCCUAGACAAAGCCCUUGACCUGACUCGCUAUCUCCAACAUGAAGCAAGCAUUCCCGCACUUCUCAAAGGUCUGGAAUACUUAGAGCUGUUUUACCACAUGAUGGAGAGAAGGAAUGUUUCAGAUGUCACAGAAAACCUCAAGCAUUACAUUCUCCGGUAUUUUAAGCCAGUGAUUGACAGGCAAAGCUGGAGUGACAAGGGCUCUGUCUGGGACAAGAUGCUUCGAUCGACCAUCCUAAAAUUGGCCUGUUACCUGAACCAUGCUCCUUGCAUCCAGAAGGCAACUGAACUCUUCUCUCAGUGGAUGGAAUCCAGUGGAAAAUUAAACAUUCCGUCGGAUGUUUUAGAGGUCGUGUAUUCUGUGGGUGCUCACACAACAAUAGGUUGGAAUUACCUUUUGGAGCAAUAUGGACUGUCCAUGUCAGGUGCUGAAAAAAAGAAAAUUCUGUAUGCAUUGUCAACCAGCCAACAUCAGGAAAAGUUAAAGAAAUUAAUUGAACUAGGAAUGGAAGGAGAAGUCAUCAAGACACAGGAAUUGUCCACUCUUCUUUAUGUGAUCGCCAGAAAUCCAAAGGGGCAGCAAUUAGCCUGGAAUUUUUUAAGAGAAAAUUGGACCCAUCUCCUAAAAAAGUUUGACUUGGGCUCAUUUGCUAUGAGAAUGAUCAUCUUUGGCCCAACAUCUCACUUCUCUUCCAAGGAUGAGCUGCAAGAGGUGAAACUGUUCUUUGAGUCUCUUAAGGCACAAGGGUUACAUCUGGAUAUUUUUCAAAUGAUUUUGGAAGCCAUAGCCAAAAAUAUUAAGUGGCUGGAGAGGAAUCUUCCCACUCUGAGGACUUGGCUACUGGUUAGUUCUUAAAUGGUCAGUAGAAAGAGCACAUCACAUGUGGGCUUGAAGUCAAUAAAGCCCAUGUCAAAGUCCUGGGUAUUUUGUCUAAACCAGUAAGAAGCCCCAAGAAACCAGCCACCGCAGCUGCCGGCUCUCAGCGGUUGUCUCUAUCUGACAGAUGUAUGAUGUUGAGGUGGGGGAAGUCCAGUUCAGUAGCUUACUUAAAUGUAAACUUCCUGAAUACUGGAGAUAUGUGGAGAUGUGAUGUAGAUAUACAGAUAGAUAGCUGCGAUAGAUUAGCCACACCGCCCACUACCUACACUGCCUUACAGCAUGCUACUUUUUUGCUUUUUUGGUGUUUUUUUCUAGCCUUGCUUAGCAUCCUGGACUUUGCCCAGCCAGUUUUACCUUCAAGGAAGCAUAGCCAAUUCUUUUUUUAAAAAGUCUUUCAUUCACAUCCUUUCAUUUCCUCCCCUUUUUCCUCCUUCAUCUCAGCCUGAAUAGUUUAUUUAAUUUUUACCAUUCCUGGAAAAUUUGAAUCCAAUUAUGAAGUAUAAGGAUCAGGAAACCAGAGAAUUUGUCACCAAAUCUCUGAUUAUUAGAAACUAGGUGUCAGGGUUUACCCACAAAGCCAAGAGGGCUGCUUUGCUUGAGCCUCACUUUCUUUUUCUUUUUUUUUUUUUAAGGUUGUUUUUUUUUUUUUUUAAUUUAUUUGAGAGAGAGAGAGAGAGAGAGCAUGAGAGGGGAGAAGGUCAGAGGGGGAGAAGCAGACUCCCUGAGGAGCUGGGAGUCUGAUGUUGGACUCUAUCCCGGAACUCCAGGAUCAUGACCUGAGCCUAAGGCAGUGGCUUAACCAACUGAGCCACCCAGGCAUCCCCAGAACCUCACUUUCAUUAAGAGCCUCAAGGAUAGCCUCCUGAGGUCAUCUCCACAGGCAGUAAAAUCUGCAGUCAUAGAGGUAAAGGAGAGAACAAUUAUACCUCACCACUUUAAACUGUACACUAUCGCAUUUUUAAAACAUCUUUUGAAAAUUGCAAAAUUAGAUUGUAUCGUGUAUAUUUCCUGUUAACUCAUGAUUUAAUGUAAAUAUUUAAACGGAUCAUGUUUUAUAACUCAGUUUUAGCAGUUCUUCAUAUUCUUAAGGGAAACUGGAUCUCUGAAAUGCUUUUCUAAAUGCUUCUCUUACUUGUUUUAUUAAUAAGGUAUUUGGAAUGAAUAAGGAAACCACCACUCUUAGAUAUCAGGUUGUAAAUUUAAUAAAUUCAUGUGCCCACAUAUGGAUCACUAUGAAGAUAUAAACAUGUUCUAGAAAAAUUUGGAUCAAUACACAGAUUAACUUAUCUGGGCUAUUAAGGGAGGCUGGGAUAUUGGGGCACGAGUAAGGUGGUCAGAGCGCUAACCCAUCCAUUUUAGAGUGAUAUCUUGAAGGUUUACAGAUCUUUCUCUGGUGCCACAGUCAGAGACAGGGUACAGCUUGGAUGGACCAUUGACAUGACCCAACACAUUUUGCUAAGUUUGUUUUCAGAUCAUUUCUUGGAAUCUUUGAAGCAUCUUUGACUCUAGAUUUGACUUGGUUGUGGACCUACCAAGAUCUGUGUAACAUGUAAUAUCCCUCUGGAAUUAAACGUUCUUUCAAAUAAAGAAACUGAAAGAGUGAA